AUGUCGGCAUUGGGAGCUGCUACUGCACGAGCAGUCACUCGACGGGCAGCGGCCUCGUCUCUUCGUUCUCGAGCUCUGCGUCUGGCUCGACCUUCAUACACCCCCCUCGCGGUACAGCAGACGUCUCCGCGACGGACAUAUUCCUCUCCCUCGGGAUCCUACCCUUCGACGAGGUCGACCGUGGUACAGUUGCUCAGUAACAUUGGCUCCAAGAGGGAGGUUCAACAGUACCUGUCACACUUUAGCUCGGUUUCGUCCCAGCAAUUUGCAGUCAUCAAGGUCGGGGGUGCCAUCUUGACCGAGCAUCUACAGACUUUGUCCUCCGCCCUUGCGUUCCUCAACCAUGUUGGGCUCUAUCCCGUUGUGGUCCAUGGCGCCGGACCCCAGUUGAAUAAGAUCCUGGAAGACUCGGGGGUUGAACCACACUUUGAGGACGGUAUCCGGGUCACAGACCCUAAGACGUUGGGGAUCGCACGAGCGCUGUUCCUCGAAGAGAAUUUGCGGCUGGUGGAGGAAUUGGAGCGUCUGGGUGUCCGAGCCCGACCGAUCACGUCUGGUGUUUUUACCGCGGACUAUCUUGACAAGGAGAAAUAUAACCUCGUGGGCAAGAUCCGACGUGUUGAUAAGAGGCCAAUUGAAGCUGCUAUCCAAGCGGGAUGCCUACCCAUUUUGACAUCCAUGGCCGAGACAUCAGACGGGCAGGUCCUGAACGUGAAUGCAGAUGUCGCGGCCGGUGAGCUAGCACGAGCACUCCAGCCGUUGAAGAUUGUCUACCUCUCCGAGAAGGGCGGGUUGUUCAACGGUGACACAAAGGAGAAGAUCUCCGCCAUCAAUUUGGAUGAAGAGUAUGAUCACCUCAUGCAACAGUGGUGGGUUCGACACGGCACCAGGUUGAAGAUCAAGGAGAUGAAGGAGCUCCUGAUGGAUCUGCCUCGCAGCUCGAGCGUUGCCAUCAUUCACCCAGCUGAUCUACAGAAGGAAUUGUUCACGGACUCUGGCGCUGGGACUCUGAUCCGACGGGGCAACAAAGUUCAUGUCAACACCUCUAUCGACCAGUUCAAAGACCUCGACAAGCUCAAGGAAGUCCUUCUCCGUGACCGGGCUGGACUUGAUGCCAAAGCCAUCGUGGACCGCUACAUCAAGUUCCUCCAGACGCGCGACUUCAAGGCUUACUUCGAUGAGCCGAUGGAGGCUUUUGCUCUUGUCUUGCCACCAAGCGGAGAAACAGCGCUGGCUCAGCUGGCUACCCUCACCAUCACCAGGAACGGGUGGCUCACGAAUGUGGCAGACAACAUCUUCGCCGCUAUCAAGAAAGAUUUCCCCAAGUUGAUGUGGACCGUGAAGGAGGAUGACGAGAACUUGACCUGGUUCUUCGACAAGGCUGACGGUAGUCUCUCCAAAGAUGGCGAAGUCCUCUUCUGGUACGGUCUGGAGACCAGCGACGAGGUUAAGGACCUUAUGGUUGAAUUCACAAAGCAUGGACGUCAGUUGUUUGGCGAUAUCAAUCUCGAAGCCAAGCUGCACCGCGCAGCGAGAGCGGCGUCCACUGCGACCAACACUGUUGCUCAAGGCAUGACCCAGAAGCGAACCUUUGCUACUUCAGCCAGUCCGUUGCGAUCAGCACGACAAGCCAGAUAUGUCACCAAGCCCGCUCUUUCUAUUCGCACAUACUCCACGACAAACCCAAACCCACCUCUUGGCUCCAAGAACAGCUCCAACAGCAAGCCUUCACGAGUAGCCCUUAUUGGAGCUCGCGGCUACACGGGUAAAGCGCUCAUCGACCUCCUGAAUCGCCAUCCGCACAUGGAUCUGCGCCAUGUGUCAUCGCGAGAGCUUGCUGGCAGGAAACUAGAAGGUUAUGAUAAACGCGAGAUCAUCUACGAAAACUUGACUGUCGAAGACGUCCGACAAAUGGAAGAGAAUGGAGACGUCGACUGCUGGGUUAUGGCUCUCCCAAAUGGCGUAUGCAAGCCGUUUGUUGAUGCUAUCGAUCAGGUCGGCAAAAACAGUGUCAUUAUCGAUCUCAGCGCCGACUACAGAUUCGAUCCCAACUGGACCUACGGCCUGCCGGAAUUGGUUGACCGUUCUGCCAUUGCGAAGGCCACCAGAAUCUCAAACCCAGGAUGUUAUGCUACGGCCGCUCAGCUGGGCAUAGCACCUCUGGUGCCGUAUCUGGGAGGUCAACCCACAGUAUUCGGCGUGUCGGGGUAUUCAGGUGCAGGCACCAAACCCUCUCCGAAGAACGACGUCAACAAUCUCACGGACAACAUCGUUCCCUACAGUUUGACAGAUCACAUCCACGAAAGGGAGAUCUCGACCCAACUGGGCACACCAGUAGCUUUCAUUCCCCAUGUUGCCGUCUGGUUUCAAGGCAUUCACCAUACCAUCAACAUUCCGCUGAACCAGGAGAUGAAAUCUCGAGAUAUCAGAACGCUUUAUCAAGACCGCUAUGCUGGGGAGAGGCUGUUGAAGGUGAUUGGCGAGGCCCCCCUGGUCAAGAAUAUCGCCAAAAAGCAUGGCGUGGAGGUCGGGGGUUUUGCUGUGCAUAGCAGUGGAAAGAGGGUGGUGGUUUGUGCAACGAUCGAUAACCUCUUGAAAGGAGCGGCAACACAGUGUCUCCAAAACAUGAACUUGGCUCUGGGCUAUGGGGAGUACGAGGGCAUUCCCCUGGAGUAG